AUGUCCGGCAGCACGGGGCCCCUCGCUGUACAUACACCCGAGCCGGAGGAGGAAGCAGCUUUUGUCGACAUUGAAGAUCCAGAAGCUCGAGAGCCUUCAUCUUUUUCUUUUUCCUCUUUUGCGAACUCCAAGCAGCAAAGCGAGCUGCAGCACGGCUUCCGGGCAGCAGCAGCAGCGCCGCCGCUUCAGCAGACCCACGCAGCAGCCUUCUGCAGCAGCAGCAGCAGCAGCAGCAGCGAGACCCGCGGCGACCCGUGCCUACGCAAGCCGCUGCAUGCAAGUCCCGCGGCCCUGCAUUUCCCGCAUGGAAAUCAGCAGCAGCAGCAGCAGCAGCAGCAGCAGCAAAAGCAGCAGCAGCAGCAGCAACAACAGCAGCAGCAAGGGGUCCAAGGCAGUCUGUUUCCGCCGGUGAGGGUGUCAGCAGCACACCCUCUGUUUGCUGCUUAUCCUUCGCCCGGCUCCGCGAGUUUGCAGCGGCAGCAGCAGCGGCAGCAGCAGCAACGGGAGCAGCAGCAGCAACGGGAGCAGCGGCAGCAACGGGAGCAGCGGCAGCAACGGGAGCAGCGGCAGCAACGGGAGCAGCGGCAACGACAGCAGCAGCAGCAGCAGUGGCAGCAGCAGCAGCAGUGGCAGCAGCAGCAACAGGAGCAGCAGCAGCAGCAACAGCAGUGGCAGCAGCAGCAGCAGCAGUGGCAGCAGCAGCAGCAGCAGCGGUUUUCUGCUGGCUCUUUCCAUAGGGAUGUAUAUACACCACAAACACCAGCAGCAGCAGCAGCUGCUGCUGCUGCUGCGGUGUAUGCGCAGACAGCCCAAACUGCACCUUGCUGCGGCACAUCUCAGUCUUCUCACUUCUUUGCUUUUGACGCUCCAAAGCCACCCGCAUCAGCAGCAGCAGCAGCAGCAACAACAGCAGCAGCAGCAGCAGCAAACAGCUCUCAUCCCGGGUGCGAGCAGGAGUGGCAGUGGCAAAGUGCUGCUGCUGCGAAGCAAAUCCGGUUUAGUGAAAUAAAAGAAAUGAAAGAAAUAAACAGAACAAAUGAAAUAAGAGCAGCGUCGCCGUUUGCUGCUGCUGACCCAGCAGCGGCGUUUAGGCUUCACGGGAGCCCGCUGGAGGCAGCAGCAGCGCAGCAAACGGGGCUGGCAGCAGCAGCAGCAGCGCAGCAAGGAGGGCUGGCAGCAGCAACGCAGCAAGGAGGGCUGGCAGCAGCAGCGCAGCAAGGAGGGCUGGCAGCAGCAGCACAGCAAACAGCGCUGGCAGCAGCAGCACAGCAAGCCGGACUGGCAGCAGCAGAGCAGCAAACAGAGCUGGCAGCGGCACAGCAAGCAGGGCUGGCAGCAGCAGCAGCAGUAGCGCACCAAACAGGGCUGGCAGCAGCAGCGCAGCAAACAGGGCUGGCAACAGCAGCGCAGCAAGCAGGACUGGCGGCAGCAGCGCAGCGAACAGGGCUGGCAGCAGCAGCACAGCGAACAGGGCUGGCAGCAGCAGCGCAGCAGGGAAAGCUGGCAGCAGCAGCGCAGCAAACAGGACUGGCAGCAGCAGCGCAGCUUUCUUUUCGCAGCUGUACAGACACUGCAGCACACGCCGAACUGUACAGACACCGCAGCUCUGUGAGCAGCAGCGCGAACACAACAACGCUACAGCAGCAGCAGCAGCAAGACGGCAGCAGCAAGACACCUUUUUCUUGUCGAGUCCGGGGGUGUCGUAGAGGAAGCGCGCGACAGCAGCAGGGUCUUGGGCCUCGAUGA